CAGUAGAUAGAGCACUUCCAUCUCAACUCUCAAACACUAUCCAAAAAUUUUAAAAAAAUGUGGAAGGAAGGAGAUGAAGAGCCAGCCAGCCCAAGUGCUCGAUUAAUGCAAUCACCAAAAUUCAACCUCUGCAUAAUUUCAUUGAUGGGUUACAACACCAAAAUCGACACCAAAUUAUACAAGAAAUGCGUCGAGCAAACUCUCCUCAAGCACCCCCGCUUCUCCAGCAUCCUCGUCUCAAACGGCGGGAACUGCAGUUGGAGGCGCACGAGCGUAGACGUGGACAACCACGUCUACGAAGUGGAUUUGGACGUGGAGUCCGAGUCCGUCGACAGCUACGCGUCGGAUCUGUCGAAGAUUCCGAUGGAUCAGACGAAGCCGCUGUGGGAGAUCCACAUUCUGAACGUGGAAACCCCCGACGCGGCGGCCACGGCCUUGUUCAAGAUCCACCACUCGGUGGGGGACGGCGUGUCGAUGAUGGCGCUCUGCCACGCCUGCUCUAGAAGCCUCUCGAACCCCGACGCUCUGCCGGCGUUUCCGUCGCCGAAGAAACGGAAAGCCGAAACGAAACGGUGUCGUUUGAUGGGAUUGCUUGUCUUUGUGUGGAGAGUGUUUGUGGUUUUGUUCAACACGGUGAUUGAUAUCGCUAUGUUUGUUGCUACCAUGGUCUUUCUAGAAGAUUCUAGAACUCCCGUUAAAUCUACCGGAGGAGAAGAACGGCAGUCACGGACGCGGUUCGUUCAUCGGGUUGUGAGUCUUGACGACGUUAAGCUCGUCAAGACGGCGUUGAAUGCGAGUAUUAAUGAUGUUAUGCUCGGAGUGACUGAGGCCGGCCUUAGUCGUUACCUUAAUCAAAGAUAUGAGAAAGGUAACGAGAAUGGCUUAGAAAUCAUCAAGAAUGCCACGAAUUCGUUACCUAGAAAUCUACGUUUGAGAUCAGCCGUUGUCUUUAAUCUUAGACAAUCUCCAACAAUUGAGGAUUUGGCAGAGAUGAUGGAGAAGGAAGAGUUGAAUGGAAUGUGGGGAAAUUUCAUAGGCAUAGUUCUUCUCCCCUUCACCAUUAAAAUGGAAGAUGAUCCAUUGGCAUAUAUUCGUAGAGCAAAAGCCACCAUGGAUCGAAAGAAACGAUCACUGGGUCACAAACUAGCCUUCGUGGUCAUGAAACUAACCAUGUUUUUAUUCGGAAUUAAGGCCGCAGCUUGUAUGACAAGGUCUAUUUUCAAGAACACAACUUUAACAUUCUCAAAUGUGAUGGGACCAAAAGAGGAGGUCAAUUUAUUUGGACAUCAUUUAAGCUACAUUGCACCUUCUGUCCACGGCUUCCCUCAAUCACUCGUGGUCCAUCACCAAAGUUAUGGGCAGAAGCUUAUAAUAUCGAUCGGUGCAGAUGAAAAGUUGGUCCCUAAUCCUCAUCAACUCUGCGAUGACGUGAUGAAGUCUCUACAAAUGAUCAAAGUUGCUGCAACUAAAUUGGAGUUUUCGGAGACAUGUUAAUUAAGUUCUUCUCCAAAUUAAAUGUAUGUUUCGAGAUUUAGUAGACUUUCAUUGUAUCGGAGACUUGUUAUUUUGCUUUCUAACUAGCUAAUAUAAGCAAUAAUCGACUAAGAAA